CGCCGCAGCUUCUUUGUUAUCUCUUUAUCAUUUCGCUCUUAUCCAACUCCCGGAGCAUUUAAAUCGAAAGGAUUUUACCGCCUAGCGGUCCACCUGUAAUAUGGCAAUGCAACUUGAUAUGUCCCAAGCCUCCGUUGUCAAGGAUGAGCAAGGGCGCCCUUUUAUCGUGGUUCGAGAUCAAGGAAAGAAGAAGCGACAGAGCGGAACUGAUGCGGUCAAAUCACACAUUGUUGCGGCAAAGACAGUGUCCAGCAUAGUGAAAACGUCACUGGGCCCACGCGGAUUGGAUAAAAUUCUAAUUUCUCCGGAUGGAGAUAUCACUGUCACAAAUGAUGGGGCCACCAUUCUCUCUCAGAUGGAAAUAUCGAAUAAUGUUGCCAAGCUUCUUGUUGAGCUUUCAAAAUCGCAAGAUGACGAAAUUGGAGAUGGAACCACUGGAGUUGUCGUCCUAGCCGGAGCCCUUCUGGAACAGGCUGCCGAUUUAAUUGACAAGGGGAUCCAUCCCAUUAGAAUAGCGGAUGGCUAUGACCAGGCCUGCGAGAUUGCGGUUGAGGAACUGGACCGAAUCUGUGAUGAGAUUAAAUUCUCCUUAGACGAUCGAGAAAAUCUGAUCAAAGUCGCGAAAACAAGCCUCGGAAGCAAAAUUGUUUCGAAAGCUCAUGACCAUUUCGCCAAUAUGGCUGUAGAUGCAGUUCUCUCCGUCGCAGAUCUAGAGCGAAAAGAUGUCGACUUCGAGCUCAUUAAAGUUGAUGGUAAAGUUGGCGGAGCCCUCGAGGACUCCCUCCUUGUCAAGGGUGUCAUUAUCGAUAAAGACUUCUCUCAUCCCCAAAUGCCUGACGAAGUUCAGGACGCCAAGAUCGCGAUUCUGACCUGUGCAUUUGAACCCCCAAAGCCCAAAACGAAACAUAAGCUUGACAUAACGACUGUUGAGGAAUUUAAAAAGUUGCAGGCAUAUGAGACGGAUAAAUUCACAGAGAUGAUCCAACAACUCAAAGACACCGGUGCAAACCUCGUCAUCUGCCAGUGGGGCUUUGAUGACGAAGCGAACCACCUUCUACUCCAAAACAACUUACCCGCCGUCCGAUGGGUAGGAGGGCCCGAAAUCGAAUUAAUCGCUAUUGCUACCAACGGAAGGAUUGUGCCGCGAUUUGAGGAUUUGAGCCCAGAGAAACUAGGCACUGCGGGUACCGUACGUGAGAUGAGUUUCGGUACGACUAGGGAAAAAAUGUUGAUAAUUGAGGAUUGCGCAAACACUCGCGCUGUGACCGUCUUCCUGCGUGGCAGUAAUAAAAUGAUCGUUGAUGAGGCCAAGCGAUCCUUGCACGAUGCCCUUUGCGUUGUAAGAAAUCUUGUACGUGACAACCGUGUUGUGUACGGCGGUGGUGCUGCCGAAAUUGCCUGUUCGCUUGCUGUAGAGGAUGCUUCUGUUAAAAAUCCUGGACUCGCGCAAUAUGCCAUGCGCGCAUUCGCAGAUGCUCUCGAUAGCAUUCCCAUGGCCCUAGCGGAAAAUUCCGGCCUCAGCCCUAUUGAAACCCUUGCCGCCGUUAAGUCCCGCCAGCUGAAGGAAAAUAACCCCUGUCUCGGCGUCGAUUGCAUGAACACUGGAAGCAAUGAUAUGAAGCAACAUUUCGUGAUUGACCCGUUAAUCAGCAAGCGCCAGCAACUCCUGCUCGCAACUCAAUUAUGUCGUCUGGUUCUGAAGGUCAACAACGUCAUUAUUGCUGGCGAUGAUGAAGCCGAAUAUUAGAUAAUUUUGCUUUUCAACUCCUUUACGGGUUUUGAGGCUUUGCAGGUCUCGUGCAACGGGUAAGGAAUAACCAAAAAUAAAACUACGUCGAAAAUAUAUCGAAUUCGUGUGGUCAGGCAGCUCGCAUCAACCUUGGCACUAGAUUACAACUUCUUGUUUCAAAAUUAAAAAACAAAAAACGCAGCUGAGAUAGAAUAAUGGCGAAAUAUGCCACAUCAAUAGAAAAGCACUGGACUUUGGACACAAGGGUGCCUAAGGUAUCAAACCAUUUCGAUAAAUGUGUCUAUCUUAUGGUAGUG